ACAAAAAUGGCCGCGCCUAGUGAGUUGUCGCAGGAGGCAAUAUUAAAUUUUAUGCUUGCACAUGGUGGCAGAGUGACAAACCACGAUUUGGUAAAACACUUCAAGAAAAUUUUGACUGAUCCUGAAACCAGAGAUGCUGCCAGAAAUUCAUUUAAGGAGUAUGUCAAUACCAUAGCCACCAUACGAAAUGAGCAGGAUGAAAAGUACUUGGUGUUGAAAAAGAAGUACCGCCAGGCCGGGUCCAGCAUUGGCUCGAUGGACAGCGCCCCGGUCUCCCCCGCGCCCGGCAUGGACCGCCCGGCCGCGUCCCCUCCGCCGGAGGAGCCCCAGUCCCCGUCCCGCCAGCCGCCCCCGUACCGCCCUCCCCCCGAGCCGACGCCCCCCGCGUCCCCGCGCUCCGCCCCGCAGCCGGCCGGCGAGGAGUCCUGGGAGGGCCAGCCCACCCCGCCGGUGCCCCCCCGGCGCAAGAGCAGCGACAAGCUGCGGGCCGAGAACAAGGAGAACGUGCCGGAGUCGGGCCGGAGGCCCAGGACCAUAGGAGCCGAGUCGGGACUGGACGAGGAUGGAAAUGAAUCAGAGAAAGAAGAAGAACAAAUUUUGAGCGUGAAGGAGCAGAUGAAAAAAUUCAACCGUCUUGCAUCAGAGAAUGAAUCAUUGCAAAAUUUCAUGACGAAGAAAGCAGUGGAUAAGGAUGUGGAUGACGACGACAAUGUGUCCGUGACUUCCGUAAGUGUUUCGCUGGACACGAAGGGCCGCGAGUGGCUGGUGCGAGCCUCCCAGGCGGACUACCAGGCGCUGGCCAAGUUGGCGUCGGACAACCCGCGCCUCGCCAAGCUCAAGGUUCCGAUACCGGUGCAGCCUCCAAGAUCGCAGCUGUGGCAGUUGACCACCCCUGACCGCUUAUGAGCCAUGGUGUGAAUCAGUAACGCCAAAGAGUCCAGGAAACACAACUAUGAGUUCAGCACAUUUUCUUGUAAAAACUGCUGCUGUGCAACAUUCCAUUUAGACACAAUUUUGAUCAAUAAUAACAUCUUUAGUAGUAAAUGGAUAUUUAUUUAAUAACACCUCUCUAAAAAGCAACAUAACAUACAAAUGGUAAUUUAAGAAAGGAAUGCAUUACAAUCCUUGUUGGCAUUAUAAACAUCGAAGAAUGAUAUGCUUGUAAUAACCAUGAUGCCUUCCCCUCUCUUUCCACUAAAUUAAAACCCCAUGUUAUUCACAA